AUGGUUUUUAAUUUUCAGAAAGCACUUGGCAAGGUUUACAUUUUUAAUAUUUAUUUCUUGUGUUCAGUUGAAUCUCUUGGCGACCUGGCUGAGUGCUGCGCAAAACAAGAACCUGAGAGAAAUCAAUGCUUCCUGAAACACAAAGAUGAUGAUCUGGACAUCCCUCCAUUGGCGGCAACAGACCCCAGUGCAAUAUGCACUGCCUUUCAUCAAUUCGAACAGAAGGUUUUGGGAACGUUCAUAUAUGAAAUUGCCAGGAGACAUCCUUACUUUUAUGGCCCAGCGCUCCUGUACUAUACUCAGGAAUAUAAAGGAGAUUUGACAGAAGGCUGCCAAGGUGCUGGUGCAGAUGCCAGGCUGGGCCCAAAGUUGGAUGCCUUGCAAAAAGAAGUACUGCGUUCAGCUUACAGAGAGGAAUUCAAGUGUUCCAUGCUCCAAAAUAGCGGAGAAAAUGCUUUGCAAAAAUGGUUCGUAUCUGACCUGACCAAGAGAUUUCCUAAUGCUGACUUUAUGAUGGUUUCCAAAUUGGCAACAGAUUUUACCAAAGUCCACAAGGAAUGCUGCCAAAGUGACAUGCUUGAAUGUGCAGAUGACUGGGCAGAUCUUACAAAGUACAUGUGUGAAAAUCAAGCAUCAAUCUCUCCUACAUUGAAGGAAUGCUGUAAUAAGCCUGUGUUGGAAAAAUCUCACUGUCUUGCUGAGAAGGCAGGUGACAAUUCAGCUGCUAACGUAGCUGCUAACGUGGCUGCUAACCUAGCCCCAGUAACUGCUGCUUUUGUUGAAAAUAAGGACGUUUGCAAAAACUAUAUGGAGGCAAAAGAUGACUUCCUGGGCAAGUUUUUGUAUGAGUACUCAAAAAGGCAUCCCGACUACCCUGUGAAUCUUAUCUUUUCAUUAGCUCAAUUCUUUGAGUUGAAAAGGAAGAAACCUGCAUCUGGUCCUCUGGUGGAAUCCUGUAAACACAAUUCUUUUAUCUUUUAGCUUGAUGAAUUUCAGCCUCUUGUGAAUGAGCCACAUGAAAUAGUAAAAAAAACCUGUGAAGUUUUAGGAAACCUUGGAGAGUAUGGCUUCCAAAAUGUGGUCUUAGUUGAUUACACCAAGAAAGUACCCCAAGUGUCAACUCCAACUCUUGUGGAUUUCUCAAGAAAACUUGCAAGAGCGGGCAGUGAGUGUUGUAAGCUCCCUGAAUCACAGAGAACAGCUUGUUCUGAUGACCAUCUGUUCAAGAUCCUGAACAAGUUGUGUGUGGCACAUGAGAAGUCACCAGUGAGCGACAGAGUUACCAAAUGCUGCACAGGGUCAUUGGUGAACAGACCAUCAUGCUUUUAUGCUCUGGAGGUUGAUGAAACCUAUGUUCCCAAAGAAUUUAGUGCUGAAACAUUCACCUUCCAUGCAGAUGUAUGCACACUUCCCGAGCCUGAGCAACAAGUCAAGAAACAAACGUGAGGAGCAUUUCAUUCCUGCAUAUGUUUGUAAUCUUGAUACUGAGAACUGUCCAUUG